GAGGAUGCCGACGGCGCCCCGGAGCCCGCCGCGGGCCUGCUGGGCAACCUGAGCGCCUUCGUGCUGCGCGACUGCAUGUGGAGCGGCUCCUCGGCCCGCGAGCGGCUGGAGAAAGCCCGGGGCGAAAAGCUGGCGGCCAAGCCCCCGCCGGCCCUGGCGCCCGCGCACGACUUCGGCGGGCUGGACGGCGAGUGCGUGGCUCCGGGCGCCGUCUUCGCCUGGCCCGGCGGCAGCGGGGGGGCGGCGGCGGCGGCGGCGGCGGACACCAAGAUCCCGGUCUCGUCCGGCUCCGAGAGCCAGAGUGACUCCGAAGGAGAAGAAAUCGACGUGGUGACCGUUGAGAAGAGGCAGGCUUCGAGGACACGGAAGCCGGUCACCAUCACAGUGCGGGGCAACCCCCUGGACCCCUGCACAAAGCAUUUCCACAUUGCCAUCCAUCAACAGCAGCACAACUACGCUGCCCGCUCCCCACCUGAGGCUCGCUCCGUCGAGGGGCCUCUGGAGAAGGUCAGUCCUGAUGCCAGGGACGAUGAGCCACAGCCGCCCGGGCAGGGGCUGGGGCGCUUCCCUCCUGUGCCUUCCCUCCCCAAGACUGGCAGUGCUCCUGGCUCAGACAGUGAGGAUGUGACCAAGAGGAGAAACCACAACUACUUGGAGCGCAAGCGGCGGAACGACCUUCGCUCACGUUUCCUGGCACUGAGGGACCAGGUGCCCGGUCUCGCCUCUCGCCCCAAAACCCCCAAAGUGGUGGUCCUGAGCAAAGCCUCCGAGUACCUGCAGCUGCUUCUCAGCGCCGAGCAGCAAAUGGUGGCUGAGAAGAAGCUGCUGAAACUGCACCAGCUCCAGCUCCAGAAACAGAUUUCACACCUGCAGGCCACGCAGUAGCAGGCCAGGCCACCCGGGUUUUCCGUUGGAUCGGUACUUUUGAGUUGGUUUUGGGUUGCAGAUUCCUCAUGGACUGUCAAUCCCAUCAUGCACUGCCACUGCACCUCAUACAGGGCUUGUCCUUAUUCUGCUGCUUGCAUCUGAUUUCUGUUCCUCCUUCCAGGAGAGGGAGGGGGCUUCAGCUGCCAAAAUGUGGCUUUUGCUGCACAACCUUGGAUUAUGGCCAAGCCCCACAGCCACCUGGCCCUUCUUGGUGGGCCCAGCUGGACCCAGAUUGCGGCUUCUCCAGAGGGACCGGGGGACACACUAGACAAGACCCUCAUCGCAACCAGGGGGUGUUUCAAGCAGCAUUUCUCAGUGGAGGUCAGGAGUCCAUGGUGCAUUUGUCAUUCAUGAAGCUCCUGAAGAGGGUGGGUCUUUCGGCCAUUCGUUGCUUUUUCAUAAUGUGAUGGGGGUCAAAUUCUCGGUCUCGUCUCCUUGCUGCCAGACCAAGACGUGGUUAGAAUUGGCUUUUUCUGUUCCUCCAACAAUUUGUGGACGGGUCCUUUGUGCAAAGGGUUAUUUUACAGCUCUGGAGUCGGGGGUGGAGGGAGCUGAGACCUCCCUGGAGAGGCAGCAAAGAGCGCCCCCUCCAGGCCUUAUUCCAGGGGAGGGCAACCCCUGCGGGAGGAAAUCCAUGCCAAGGGUUUGGUGCAAAAGGCACUUCGGCCAUGGACACCACCUGUCUCUCCAGAGUUUCUCCAGCUCACAUGGGGGGGGGGGGAGGCUUAAAAAAAACCACCCCACUUGACUGCAUCCCUAGAACAGCACUGCAAUCACCUUGAAUUUGAUUUACCUCAUUCUUUUUCCAUUUAAUGACAAACCAGGGCUUAUCUUGGUGUUUGUAUAUCCUAAUGAAUCUGAAGUAGUGACGGCCUCAUUCUUUGUACCGGACUGCUUUUUAAAGAUAUAUGCUGUAUUUUUGUACUUUUUACAUUUUUCCCCCUGUUUUUGUAAAAUGCUUGCUCUUUCCCCUGCCCUCCCUCCCUCGUUUCUCUACCCAAAUAUACCGCCUGCAGUCAGGGUGGUGGGCCACCCCCAUGGCUUGCUAGGGAGUGAUUCAAAUGGGCUCCCUUGGGAACAGGCUGCUUUCCAAAAACUGGGAUGACUGGAAAUUCUUCUCGCAGGGAAGAGGCUGGUUCCAGCUUGCAAGCGCCAAUAGCAGAUGUCCCAGGGGCCUGUCUGGUGGGAAGCUGAGCCGGCCCUGCACUUUCAGGCUGGCUCCAAGAUGGGGUUUCUUUCCCAGGUAGAGCAGGAAAGCCCGUCUGUGGGGCAGACCUUCAGGGCAGCAAAGCAGGCGAGGUGCGAGUCCUGGCUUGCAGAAGCAUCGAGAGCGGCUUGGUGAAUGGGGAGGCUGGCAAGUCUUGCGAAAGGGCAUGGCGGGUGGAGGAAAGCUUGCCUUCCCUGGGCUAUAACUCCGUGUGCUGCACGAAACCUGCUGGGAGAGAGGGAGGUUUCAAGUGGGGGUCUCCAGACUUUAAGUCUUCUGGCUUCAACUCUCAGAAUUCCUCAUCCAGCCAUGAGGAAUUCUGGGAAUUGAAGUUCAGAAGUUGUCAAGUUGGGAGACUCCUGGCCUCAUCCUUUUGGAAACUCCUUCUACACAAGACCUCUGCACUGGCUCCCUUUCUUUUUCUUCUUUUUUUUUUUCUUCCUCUUCCUCCUCCUCCUCCUUC